CGUAGGUUACGUUACAGAGGUAGGAGGGUACGAUCAGCGGAGAUUUUAAACCCGCUGCAGCCUGUAAUGCACCAACGGAGAGCAGAAGGCUUGUUUUUGAAUCGAUAGAUGACGGACAGACAGACAUCAGCCGAAACAUCGCAGAUGACUCGGAGAUGGGUCAAACACAUUUGUUGUUGGCAGCGCUGUACAUCGCCAUGAAGCCAGCUUCACGUUACCGAUGCCGUGCUCUCGACUCCCAGCAGCCUGCACCUCGGACCGUCUAAGUUAAGCGGCUAAACGGAGUUGAUCUGCUCUGACUGAAAAGUCCCCGGUAUUUCCAUCUGGACCUGAUGAUAUGAGAGGCUCCAGGAGGCGGUGAUGGAGCUCCAGGAGUUGGGCUGGCUGUGUCUGGUUUGUCUCUUUCUAGCCUCCUUGCUCAUUGUGCUCGGAUGGCUGUUCCAGUACUUGCAGAUCGUAAUGCGGCUGUGGAGAGCCAGGAAGACCGCCAAGCGGGACAGGGGAGGACCAGACUGGCAGCAGCUCUCCUUCACACAGCCGCGCCACAGACACGAUGGAGGUGUGUGGGGCUUCCUGAUGAAGCUCCGCUUGGGGGGAGGACCUGCAUCUGAGGCAGGAGUUAAAGGCUUAUUGACCUCCCUGUUCUCCUUCAAGUCCUUCAGGGAGCAUUGGCAGAGAACCUGGGUCAAAGCUCUGAAUGAGCAAGCCUGCAGGCACGGGAGCUCCAUCCAGAUCACUUUUGACAGCAGUCUCCAGUUAACUGCUGCCUCUGCAAUAGAUAGUGUGACCUGCACAGACCAAUCGGCACACCGAAUGGUUUUGCACUGUAAAUGUUGGGUGGACACAGUGACAUUUCCUGUGACCGUCACCCAGCAGUCACCCGCUGCUGUUUCCAUGGACACCUAUCAGAUCACUAUAGCACCUAUGGUGACAAAGGUUGUGGUGUGUCUGGAGGAGGUGGAGGACGAGGGUUUGCUGAUGUCCUGGACUCUUUCCAAGCAUCCGUCAUUUUCUCUGACUGUGUCUCCAUGCAAGCUGCAGAGACAGGGCACAGAGGCUGAGGCAGACCUGGGCAUGAUUAAGGGACUGAUAGAGGACACUCUGUUCAGCACUCAGCCAGCCAUGGUCCUCAACCUCAAGACUUGUGUCUCCAGUCCUUUGGCGCCCGUGGACCAUCUGUCGGUGGGAUUGAACUCUAUAUCCCAGACUGUCUUGGUGCGACGACUACAGCUUCGGCAGCUCACGGUGACCUUAAGCAAAGGCCAGUGGUCUAGAUCAGAGGAGCUGUGCUGUGUCCUGAGCCUGGACCAACCCUCGAUAGAGAGGACAACCUGCUUCCUGUCUGUGCCCAGCAACCCCAGUGCCCCACUGGAAUGGAGUGAAGAAAUCACUCUGGAGCUGAGCCCAGACACCAAAGAGCUGAGACUAAGACUUAUGGAGCGGAAUGGCAAGAGAGAACAAUUCCUGCCUGGUCAUGCCUCCAUCGCCUUGGACCUACGCUGUAAAAUUCCCACUGGACAACAUACACUGUCAAUAAGCCCCGGCCACGGCUUGGCUCCGAACGCUACUAUCACAGCAGAAUUGCUGUACGUGGAAACGGAGGAGCCUCGCACCGCCCACAAUGCUGUGCCACUGCGUUCCUCGCUCACCCCCACCAAGAAAGUUGACGUGGACCGAACCAUCAUGCCGGACGGAACCAUCAUCACCACCGUCACCACCGUCCAGUCUCGGCUUAAACUGGAACGCAGUCCAGGUGACUCCCCUUUGCGUUCACCGUCCAAAGUGGAGGUGACAGAGAAGAAACCCACCAUCCUGUCUGAUGGCAGAGGCAGCACCAGCCCCAACCUCAGCAAGAGCAGCCGCCUCUCUAAUGGCCUGGAUCCUGUUGCAGAGACGGCCAUCCGCCAGCUGACGGAGUCCGCCACGAAAGCCGCACGGAAGACGCCAACAAAAAGGAGCACGCUGAUCAUCUCGGGCGUGUCAAAGGUUCCACUGUCAGAGGAUGACUGUGCAUUAGCGAGUGGCUACGCUGCAGCCAUGGACGCAGCAAUGCAUGGCAACCAUUUCGGGACGGGGCAUCACCAGGACCCAGAUGAAACCACACCCUCUGACGUGUCGGAGCGUCCAUCUGUGGACGAUGUGGAAUCAGAUACUGGUUCCACUGGUGCCUUGGAAACGCGCAGCCUCAAGGACCACAAAGUGGGUUUUCUGCAGAGCGGGACAAAGCUGUUGUUCCGCAGAAGACAUCGAGAGAAGGAGCCCUGCCUCAGCCAAUCGCAUGAAGACAUCUCCAACAUGGGAAAUAACUUUGCUGCCACCACAAUCAGCAGCCGCAAGAAGUCUGGCAGCUUCUCUCGGCGUCUCAUCAAACGCUUCUCUUUCCGCUCAUCAGGCAAAUCAAAAGGCAAAGGCACUGCUACCAAUGGAGGAGCAAGUUCACUGGAUAACUGAUUAUCAUUGUUAGGUUAGGACAUGGGUCAUCGUGACUCUAAAGCCUCUGUUGGUACUGUCAGAAGAACAUCUAAACCUUGAGUCCAGUCUGUGACAGGAUGAACACCCCAGGUGGGUUAUCACCUGUACAUGUUGAAAGGAGGAUACCUCUGGGAGGGCUUUCCUCUGGAGAGAAAUUAUUGCACCUUCAGGACAAAAGUCAUGUUUAAUCACAUCACUGAGGUUUAAAUGUGAUUAUGAAAUCUGUUUCUUUUAAGGAGAAAUCUGCUGCUCAGUGAGGAGAAGGGAAUCACUACAAUGAAAUGCUGUGUGCCCUGUUUGAACACAAACUACAAUGGAUGUGUUUGAUUAUGGUCAGUGCUGGAAAUGCUCUUAAACCAUGAUAUAAAACAUUAUUGGUUGCAUUUGGACUUCACAGUUUUUUUAACAACACAUGUAAAGUCCCUGGGUUGUAUAAAGAUAAUUUAUUAUUAUGUGGUUCUCAUGAAACAAGUGCUAUUUAUUUUAAUCCCCCCAAAAAAACAAGUCAUCAUAGUUGCAUUGUACUGCAAAAUAGAGACAUUGCUGUGUUUUUCCAUGCAGAUGUAAUUUUAAACACAUAGUUUAAGUGAGUUAACAUGAAUCAGUCUUAAUCUAGCUGUAAUAUCCAUUCAUAAUUGCUUAUACAUUGGUUUUAGAAUGUUGUUCAAUGUUGUAUCUUAUAUAAGAAGCAGAAAAGAUAAUAUAAUUAUCGUACUUUUUAUUUUAUAAAGGUACUUUCUGUGGACUUUGAUUUUAAGUUGAGCUCAUAAAUGCAUUUGAGUUUGCUUUUGAAACUUCAGCCAGCUGGAGUCUUUAGAAGGCUCUUCAAACAAUUUUCUGUCAGGAAAAAACAAAAACAAAAAAACAACAUGAUCGGGUCCUGCUCUCCAGCUCUCCUUGCAUCUCCUGUUCACUCCAAUAAGUGAAAAGUGCAUCUGAGCACAGUAUAAAGUUUUCGGUUGAUGCUUAUAUGGACAUCUUAUUAUUGCAAUAACUAUCAUUACUGUGCAUCAUACAGUAUAUUGUGAGAAAUGCUGACCUGUGAUCAGCUCAUAAUCAUAAUCUAAACAUAGCAAAAACCUAUCCUGUAACACUUAGGAGAAUUAUCACAUUGUACUUUUUUUUCUUUAAACAAAAUUAAGUCUCACCUGAGGGACAACAUUGCAACAAUGCUGCGGUUUUUAGAUGUAUCAAGGAAGCUUUCAGAGAUGCUCUGCGGAGGCACUGCAAGCAACAAGACAAGCAAAUUUAUAACAAGGUGUCGGGUGGAGUGAGUGAACUCAGAGCUAGAAAUGAAACUGCUACUAGCAACCAGAGAUAUGAGGAAACUCGCUGCAUCCCUCAAAGACAAACAGAACCAGUAUGUAAAAUUGUACAUACAUUUUUGGUUAUUUUGUGUCUUGUCAGAGAAAAUGAAAAAUCUUUUAACCAAAUGGAUUAAUUAUGGGACUUGAGAACAACCAAAUGAAAUCACUUUGAUUUACUUUUCAAGUUUUUUUUUCCAUCAAUAAAAGAAUAGCUGUUAAAAUGGAUCAAAAAGACAAGAACCCUUUACAAAAUUACAACCAAUUCAAAAUGCUGAAGAAAUGAACAAAGCCACUUAAAGGCACAUUACAUACAUGGCUGGAAUGUGAAACAGGAAGUGGCUGCAAAAUUUAAGAUGUGUAUAAUUCCUGUUGUUAUAUUUAAAAUGUUUAAUUUAUUGCAAAUAAAUUAUUUUUGAAGCUCA